GGCCAUUUCCCAUACUAGCUAGCUAAGCUUAUAUCCAUUCCUCACUUCGUGUAGCAUAUCAAAGGUUGUGCCAGUGCCGCAAUUAACCAAGGAAUUGAAGGAAAUUGGAUCCUGAGAACGCUGUAGACUGAUCUAUGGGCUAGAGAUUCGAAACGGAGCUGCUGACGUUCGAAGGAUUGAUUUUGAUUUGAUUCAUCAUGUCUAAACCAAAGGAGAUCAAUAUUCAAGUAAAAAAUAUCGAUGCUGCCGCAGGAGAGAUACUGGACGUUUUGGAGGAUACAAGCAAAGGAAAUGUGAUCUUCGUCCGUGGUUGGCAUGGAUUUGGGGCAUCAGCAACACUCAAGGCAGUAGCUCAACGCCUGAAAUCAUCAAAAUCAAACUUUGACAGGGUUGUUCAUGUGGAUUGCUCGCUGUGGAAAAGCAUGAGGGCCCUGCAAAAGUCGGUCGCGGAGGAGCUAGAGCUUCCACCAUCGGUGAUGGCCAUCUUCGAUCGGCGGGACGAGGAGGAUGAUUUCAGUGGGAUAGACGAAGGCUCUCGAGGGGUGAUACCAAAUAUCAGAACAGAAAUCUUCAGAAAGCUUGCUAGCAGUAGAUUUGUGGUGAUAUUUCACAAUGGGAGUGACAAAUACAUUGACCUGUAUAAGUGUGGUGUUCCGGUAACAUCAGUUUUGAGUAUCAAGGUGUUGUGGACCUGGCACGGGAGGUUUCAAUCCAAAUACAUACGUUUCCGUAAACGGACAAAGAUGGAGCUGCAUACUGAUGUUGUUGUCAAUUUUUCUCAUGAUGACUGCAUCCGUGAUGAAGCACUAUUGGAAGAGGCCAAGGAGAUUGUCGCUUAUAUGGGUAUUCCAGAGCCUUACAUGAACCAUAUAAUAGUUGACAAGUGUUUCCAGUAUGCCUAUGCACUGGGAUCUGUCAGUUGGUUCGGUUGGGGGAACUGGGAGGACCAUGUUUUUAACUACUUUGUGUGCGACGGGAUUAUACAAGGGCAAGGCGAUAGUUCGGCAUGGGGAGUAGCCGAUGCUCUACAGAGAAACAUGUCUAUGGAUUGGCUUCGUUUCCGCACUGAUGAUGACGUUCUUCGCCACCUGCAGUGCAGGCUUCAUGACCGCUUGCUUUUGGUGCAACACAAGAAGGGCCUCCUACCUGAUAAUAUUGGCAUGGAUCUUUCUGAGGCGACAUCCUGCUUCAUCUUACCAGAUAGCAACAUCUACCAGAUGACGACAUUACCAGAUGGCAUAUUCCAACAUUCAUACAGCAGCAAGCUGCGCGUGUUACAUCUCUCUUGGUGCGGCUUCAGUUUUGAAUCGCCUCCCUUCCUGUGUUGCAGCCAGAUAAGACUCCUUCAGCUGAACAACUGCAGAAAUAUCCCAUCUGAUAAGCAUCCAAGCCACAACGAAGACAUGUCAUGCUUCCAGAAGCUAUGGGUGCUGCACCUGAGCUAUACAGACUGGUAUCGAUUACUAUCAGAAGAGAUGAUGAACUUUAUGGCUGACCUCAGGGAGUUGUAUGUAGAGGGAGUCAAGGAUUGGAAGAUUGGUAGUUUACGUGGCAGGUUUCCUUCCCUUGUCAAGGUCCACGUACAGGAAGACUACUACUUCUCAAACAAGAUAGAAUACUACUUGCCUGACCUGUCUAGCGCAAGCUUCCUCAAGACGAUCAUCCUUGACAAUUGUUUUGAACUGGAACAGGUUGUCCCCGGCGUGCUGCCCCCAUCGCUUGAGUCAUUCACCUUCAAAACUAGAUCUUAUGGCACCAACACAUCUAGCAUUUCCUUCCGGGGUUGUUCUCAGUUGAAGAGUAUACUACUAAUAGGAGCACUAGAGCGCCUUGAGGAGCUGGACCUCUCAGGCACAGCUGUGAAAACACUCGACCUUAGAGAAGUGGAAACUCCAAAGCUCAAACGUCUCAUCUUGCUGGGCUGUGAGAAGCUCUGUGCAAUAUUAUGGGCAUCAUACCAUAGGACAAAUGUUUUGGAGGUGCUGCACAUCAACACCAUAUGGUAUACAUCACCUGGCCAAGCUGAUUGGGAAGAAGAACCCAGGGACCCUAUUGCAGCUGUGGGAUCAUCAUCUAUUCAUUUUGCUACGGCUACUGAACUGGGCAUCAGUGGGCAUGCGUCCUUUGACUUCAAAUGGUACAUCUGCACAAGGGAUACAAGGCUCCUUAGGUCGCUUGAACCGGUUAAAAAUAUGGAGCAGAGUCAUGUAUAUAUGGAAAUGGGUUCAUCUCCUAUAAGUGGUGCCAUUGUUGAUGACAGCGAAGCUGCUCAAGAAAUCAGGAGUCUGUGUCAACCUGAUAAUUAUUCAUAUGCAAACGAUGCCUUCUUUCAGAGCAACCUACAAGCUGGUGCUGAUGAUGAAGGUGCAAUCAACUGGAUGUGGGCUUGCCCUGCUAGUCCUAGCCCAACGUCUCAAGACUUGUAUGUUCACAUACAAGAUAAUCAGGAGAUGAAGAGGAGACUGCGGCAGCCACAACAGAGCAACAUCGAAGGAAUUAAUAUUAGUUCUGAUUCACCCUCUCGUUUUGUAUUUAACAAAGCUCGCAUGCUACACGUGCAUGAUAGCUCCUCCAUCACUUGCAUCACAUGCCCGCAAGGUUCAUACUGGAGGAGCCUUGAAUGGUGCCGAGUCGAGAGGUGCCCCGAGCUGCGUACUGUCUUUCGUACUGCCCAACAAAGUGAGGGUGAUAGCUUCUGUCAUCAAUUGAGCACAUUCUGGGCAUCUCAACUCCUGAAGGCACGCUACAUCUGGUAUUGGAGUGCAAUGCAUGUGUUUUCCUCUAUAAACAUAGUACUGUUACACUUGGACUACUGCCCUAGGCUCGUACAUGUGCUUCCCUUAUCCGAGUCUGUGGACACUUUGCCUUGCCUGGAUACUCUGGAAAUUGUGUGUUGUGGUGAUCUUAAAGAGGUCUUUGCUUUGGACCCUAAGCAAAAGGAGCAGAAAGUUAUACAGUUUCCCAAGCUAAGGCGCAUCCACCUGUAUGAGCUUCCCAGCCUGCGGCGCAUCUGUGGGAGCAGGAUGUCCGCUCCCAACUUGGAGACCGUCAAGAUCAGGGGCUGCUGGAGCCUCAGGUGCCUUCCUGCUGUCAGCGGAAACAACAAGAAGCUGCCUAGUGUGGACUGUGAGAAGGAAUGGUGGGAUAACCUUGAGUGGGACGGGGUGGAGGCGAACCACCACUCUUCACUCUAUGAGCAUAGCCACUCAUCAUGCUACAAGGCCCAGCUGCCAAGAGGCACAGUUUUAAGGUAAUCAGUUCCUUCCAUGGGUCGAUCUCUAUGCGAGCGUCGACUCUGUCAUCCUGUGGUGCUUCCUGGACAGUGGAUGUCUUGGCUGCGAUGUAUGGUUUCAUGUUGCUUUCCCUAUUGUUUUGAUUGGUUUGGUUUGUGCUUUGGGUCUGCCCUGCAGAGGCGCAGCGCCUCUGCAACGGCAUGGAUCUGCAUUGCCAUGGUGUGGUGGUGCAUCCACGAGUUUGGUUUGAUUUGAUUUGAUUGGUUUGGUCAGCUCCGCUCAACUGAGCCAUUGCGCAUCAAAGUAAGCAUACAUCAUCUGGUUGGAUAGAAGAUGUAUGUUACAAGCUUUGAGCAAGAUAGAAAUGAAUAAGAGAGUGCAUUCAGCCUGAGCAGUGUGACUAUGAGCACUCUGCCUGCUCAAGCUGCUUAGAUGGUGUGGUGUGGUGUGUGGGAUGAUGUGGUGUGUGAUUUUCAGCCUGUGUGGUGUU